CCCCUCCCCUCAGUCACUACAAAGAGAAAGGACUAAACCCUAGCGCUGCAAAACCUUGCUGUCGCCGUCUUCACCGCCGCGUAGCUCACCGUGCUUCCGGCAGGUAUGGAACAGAUUUGGCGACUUCCCAUAAACGACAAGAAAUUCAUCGAAACGGCUCUCCUUUCGGAACUUCGAGUGGACGGUCGUCGCCCCUUUGAUUACCGCAAACUUACAAUAAAGUUCGGCAAAGACGAUGGCUCCGCAGAAGUGCAAUUGGGACAGACCCACGUCAUGACCUUCGUCACAGCCCAACUCGUUCAGCCCUACCGUGACAGGCCCAACGAAGGCACCCUCUCCGUCUUCACCGAGUUCUCCCCCAUGGCCGACCCUUCCUUCGAACCUGGUCGACCCGGCGAGUCCGCCGUCGAGUUAGGGCGCGUCAUAGACCGCGGUUUACGUGAAAGCAGAGCCGUUGACACCGAAUCCCUAUGUGUUCUCUCCGGCAAGCUCGUUUGGGCCCUUCGCAUUGAUAUCCAUAUACUUGACAAUGGCGGAAACCUUGUUGAUGCUGCCAACAUUGCCGCAUUGGCUUCUCUGUUGACGUUUCGGAGGCCUGAAUGUUCCUUCGCUGGAGAAGAUGGCCAGCAAGUGGUGGUGCAUCCUCCCGAACAGCGUGACCCGAUCCCUUUGAUUAUACAUCAUCUUCCAAUUGCUGUCACCUUUGGAUUUUUCAGUAACGAAAAUCUUGUUGUCAUAGAUCCUACGCACCAUGAAGAGUGUGUGAUGACCGGACGCAUGACUGCUACGGUCAAUGCAAACGGUGACGUUUGUGCCAUUCAAAAGGCUGGUGGCGAGGGAAUUUAUCACCGGGUUGUUAUGCACUGCUUGAAGCUCGCUCAUGUUAAAGCUGGUGAUAUUACUACCAAGAUUAAGGAUGCUGUUGAAAUACAUAACAAUGAAAGGGCACUGCAGAAGAUUAAGCGCCGUUCUUCAUCUGUUGCCGUGGAUGUAUGUAGUACUGCUUCUGGGUUUGAGGAAAAACAAGAUCAAAUAGACGAUGGUGAUAAGGAUGGUAGUCAUUUAGACAAAUUGAAGCUGAAAGAUGAGGUAAAUUCUAUGGAAUGUGAAGCCACACCAUCAGAUUCAGGGCAAGUACAAAGUAACAAGAGAGUUGGAGUCUCAAAGAAUUUCAUUGGUGGUCCCUCAAGUUGGGAUCCCUACUCAGAGUGUGUCAAUUCAGAUCUUCUUAAAGCUUCUCUAGCAACGCGCGGACUGGCAACUCCUAGUAAACGAAAGGAUUCAAUACCUGGGACAAAGCCCGAGGAACCACCACAGAAAAUUAAUAUAGAUUCUUCACCAAUUGACAAAGCUCUAACAACUGAUCAAAGUAAUGAAGGUAAGACUCUGAAGGAUGCUGUCAAGCCCAAACACAAGAGGAAAAAAAAACUACCUUCCAAUGCUGAAAAUUAAACCAUUAAAUGAGUUGUCAGUUGACCUAUUACCACUGACCUUGUGUAAGUUGUUUGCAAUGCUAGUCUGUACUGAUAUUUUGUUUCCUCCUUGAUGUAAAAGAUAGGACGUUGUAAACAUUUUAUUGUUAACGAACGAGUCUAGUUGACUUUUCUAUGACAAAAACUCUUCAUACUGAGAUAAAAAGGUCUCCCAUGACUUUUGUAGUCAAAUUUG